UUGAAUGAUUAACGGAUGUGUCGUCGCAACGUUUAAUGUUUGGUUUGGAGGAGGAGUUGAGUACCUUUCCGUUAAAGUAGUAUUAAAACUCGCGUUUUCUUUGAACGAUUAGCAUUUUAGAUUUACUUCUCACACCUCUGUAAUAUUUUGUUCGAACGGCCGUGAGACUUGAGAUUUUGGUUGGAGAAAGUUCUAGUUUCACCUGUGGGGCAAGAGGAGCACGCGUCUUCGCGUCAUAGUCAACAUGAGGUCCCUUACAUUGCCGGUUGCCUUUGCACUGGUGAGCCUGUUCUGCCAUACAAGUGCGCUGUCCCAAGCGCCUUCAUACGGGGAACGGGGAUCGGAACUUGGUAUUCAGGUGUUUCAGCAAGUGGUCUCCUCCAAGCCCCUGGAGAAUGUGGUCCUUUCCCCUCACGGAGUGGCCUCUGUUCUUGGCAUGCUAUUACCGGGAGGUCAUGGACAAACCCGCAAACAAGUCCUCAAUGUGCUGCAAUACAAGAAAAAUAUUAAAGGACCUCACAGAUUGUUGAAGAGACUGCAUAAGAACUUGACCACCAAGGAUGCCGUUCUCAUUGCCAACGGCCUUUUCAGCCAAAAGGGCUUCCCCAUGCUGAAGAGCUUUGUCGACACCAACAAAGCAAACUUCCAGACUGAGAGCAGGAGCAUGGACUUCGGUCACCCUCAAAGGGCAGCAGAUAAGAUCAAUGCCUGGGUCAGCAACAAAACCAAAGGUCACAUCACAAGCCUCAUCAAACCAGAUAUGCUGGAUUCUGCCUUGACCCGCUUGGUCAUUGUUAACGCCAUCUACUUCAAGGCCUUAUGGAAGUACCGCUUCCAGCCUGAAAACACCAAGAUGAGACCCUUCACUGGGGCCGAUGGCAAAGUAUUUAAAGUUCCUAUGAUGUCCCAGCAAUCAGUCUUCAACAUCGGCAUAGCCAACACUCCUCAGCAGGUGAAUUAUAGGGUUAUCGAGCUGCCCUAUCACGGCAACACGACCAGCAUGCUCAUCGUUCUACCCACUGAGGAGGAUGUGCAUCUAUCCCAAAUCAUCCCACACAUUAACACCGCUACUGUGCAGAGUUGGAGAAAACUGAUGCACAUGCGCAAAGUGCACUUACUCAUCCCCAAGUUUUCGGCGGAUGUCGAGGUAGACUUAAAGGCCCCCUUGUCGGUGCUGGGCAUUACAGACAUGUUCCGUCAAGACAAAGCUGACUUCAGGCACCUGAGUUCGGAGCCUGUAUAUGUCUCCAAGGCCCUCCAGAAAGUCAAGAUUGUGGUGAAUGAAGAUGGAACAAAAGCAUCAGCUGCCACCACUGCAAUUUUGAUGGCUCGGUCCUCUCCUCCUUGGGUUUCAGUGGACAGACCUUUCCUGUUUCUUGUCCGCCAUAACCCAUCUGGUACUCUCCUCUUUAUGGGCCAAAUCAACCAGCCUUGAAUCCAGUGCUCUAUGUGCACCCCCAUCUAGUGGUAUUUUGGAGAAACACGACUUGCUUGCAUGCACACAGACAAGCAUACACACUUGAGCUGUAGAUAUUUGUUUUAUUGCCUUUUGUUAGUCAUUUUCAGAAAUGCAUGAUCUGCCUUAACUUUCUUUUCUGGCUUUUUAUUGUAUUUUUUUAACAUAUAAAUUGUUUUUUUUUUAAUGGACUUUGAAUGUCAUUUGUGUGUUUUAUUAACUGUGGGGUAGCAUAACAUGUUGACUAAUCGUUUCUAUUUUAUUAUUUUUGUCCAUUUCAAUAGAUAUGACUCCAGUCCUUGUUAAGUUAUGGAGUUGCAUGUCCAAAUUUGAGGUCUUGCAUACAGUGUUUUAAUGUUCAAAGUUACUUUUUUGAGAAAUGUUUCUGUUGUAAUUCUUCAUUUGGGAGCAAUAAACACUCAUUUAUAAACGCUGCUAAAA